AUGAACUCCAACACCAACCCUAUACAGCAUAUAGAGGCAGGCUCGGACUCGUCCACCCCGAAGCCAGAAGCAGCUCACGAACAGCCCCCCGCCAAUGCUUUCCUCCGCUCUUACCGCAAAGUCUACAAGACCUUCGGCUUCAACAAAGGCUACAACUUCCCCCUAUAUAUCAUCUUCGCAGGCGCUAUGCUGGGCUUCACCCUGGCGCGUUUUCAGUACCUCUCCGUCGGCGACCGCUUCGCCAAAGAAGCCGCACCGGGCGAGUGGUACUGGUACCGCGCCGGCUACUACCGCAUCGGGAUCACGCUGCAUCUCGGGGCCAUCUUACCAGCCGGGUUCCUCAUGAUCUUCCAAUUCGUGCCCGCAAUCCGAUACAAAGCCCUAAUCUUGCACCGGAUUAACGGCUGGGUAAUCGUACUCCUUGUCACCGUCGCGAACGUCGGAGCGCUGAUGAUCGCGCGGCGGGCGUUUGGCGGCAGGGUGGAGACGCAGACUGGGGUGGGCCUGCUGGUUAUCCUGACGACCGGAGGGCUGACCAUGGCGAUAUACAACAUCAAGAAGCUGCAGAUCGAUCAGCAUAGAGCAUGGAUGCUACGCACGAUGUUCUGGUUCGGGUCUAUCAUCACAAUGCGCAUCGUCCAGGAAUUUGCCUAUCGGAUUCUGACGACCAUUAACUCGUAUUACACCCACAUGAGCUGCGACGAAAUACAAUUCCUGUAUGGAGGUGCGGCCAGGCCGGUCAUGGGACGGUAUCCGCAGUGCUUUGGCGAGAAUAGGACCACGAGUGGAGAGGUGGCUAUUCAUGCACAGUUCAAUGCCGAAGCUGGGCCGGAGGAGGCUGCUGCUGUGUUACAGCUGAGUUUUGGGUUGGCGGUUUGGGUGGCAAUCUUCUUGCAUACCGUCGGCGUCGAGAUCUAUCUUGCGUUGACUCCGGCGGAAAGCGAGCGGCUUCGUUGCGUCAGCUAUGAGAAGCAGCUUGAGGCUGGAAUGAGCCAUCCCGGGAGUGCAGGGCUGACGGUCGAUCGGUUCGGUGAUGCGCCGAAGUGGUGUCCGCCUGUCAAAGGCUGA